AUCGAUACGAUGUCCAUAAGCCUCACUUCCUUUGGUCUCGUCCUAAGCUUCGGACAUCGGUCACUUUGGCCUUUCGGCCUCCGCCACAAUGAAGUCCCGCAGCAUACGCUGCAUGAAGUUUUUCCUCACAUUAUUCAAUAUUAUAUGUAUCCUUUUUGGUCUCAUCUUAAUGGCGAUCUGCGUGAUGAACAUGCGUGAACGCAAGAGCCGCCCCGACGAACAGGCGGCGUUGUCUCGAGGAGUGCUGUCUUUCCUUCUGACCCUGGGUUUGUGCCUCGUCGUCACAGCGGUGCUGGGCUGUAUUGGAGCCCUUCGGGAGCAUGUGAAGAUAUUAUACGUGCAUGCCUGCUUCUUCAUAUUCCUCGUAUCAGUGGAGGUUGUAGUGGGGGUGGGGGCAGCUGUGCUAAGUGCCUGGGUGGGAGGGGGCAGCGAGAUGCGCAUGCAGUUCUAUCGCAACGCCACGAUCGAUGACGAAGUUGUCAGCCAUCGGAACUAUUGGGAUAACUUGCAGUCGGAGAAUCAAUGCUGCGGCGUCGAUGGCCCUCAAGACUAUGCCAUCAUCCACCGCGACAUCCCACCUUCGUGCUGCGCCCGAGCUCAUGGCCUUCGAGAAGGAGGUGCUCGAAGACACCUUCAUGCUACCUGCUUGGCUGAUCGGAGUUACUAUGCAAGGGGAUGUGAGGAGGCGAUGAGACAGAAGAAGGCAUUAAAAGGAAACAUAUUCAUUACUACUGGAGUUAUAUUUGCUUUGCUAGAGAUACUCUGCAUCAUAUUGGCGCUAUGGAUGGCCAGAACAAUACGAGUGGAACGUCGAAAGCUUCAGCAAAAUCUACAAGCACAUUUCGAAAACUAACAAUCGGCAACGUAUUAGCAUAUAAGUAAAUGUUUUGAGAACACUUUUAUGUUUGAGAAGAUGUAAAAUUUUGUACGAUCGAGAAUUCACUGAUACUUUUGUAUUAAAAACAAACAGUUAUUUUUAAGUGUUUUCGAUAAGUAUCUGAGGACAAACUUAUAAUUUCUUAUGAUAUUUACCUAAGUGUUGCUGUUGUUAUUAUAUUUACUUCAGUCAAUGUAGCAAUGAAAUUAAGCGUGUUUAUAUCGAUCGAAUGUAACUAUGUACGUACUAAAUAAGAUUUUAAUUCGUAAUAGUUAAAAUGCACAAUUAAAUUGAACUUCGGGUGCUGUCACGGUAGAUGUUACCUUUGCACUUGAAAAGUACAAUAGAGUUCUAUGAACCGUAGCUGUAUCCUGUGAUAAUAAGUAGGUUUAAGCAAAUCAGCUGAGGCUACAGAGCCACAUGGGACCAAUUAUGUGAAUCUAGAACUAUUAAGACACGCAUAUUCAAACUAAUCUGUUUUGCCAAUUCCUGCUUUAAGUUGUAUAUUUCUCAUAUGGAUUUUGCACUUAUAUCUGAUGCAUUACCUAUAGUUCUUCAUAUUCAUAGUUAGUAAUGUAAAAUCUCUCAAUUAAGUUAUUGUAGUAGUUUCAUGGUUGUUAAAGGGUUACUGUUAUUAUUUUCACGGUAAAAAAUUUACUACUCCUAAAUUCGAAUAAAAUGCUCUAUAUAUUAUAUAUAUUGAAUAGUGCACUUUCAUAAUUAUGAAUUGAAUGAAAUUAAUACACUAGAGGCACUAUUAACUCUUUCAUAAUAUUUUCUGUGUAGAAGCACUCAUGUUUUCGUUAUCUUUAGUUUUAGUAGUGAUUCUAUAGUAAGUAGGACUCUCUUCUAAACGUCAAUAGUAUAUUUAGAACUAUUCCUAAUUAGAAAUCAGCAAGCUAAUAUUCAUUUAAAUUUCAUCUUUUAAGGGGAAAGUAAAUUACGCCAAAUGUGACCUUAUUGUGUAGCUCCGUAAAUCCACCUGUGCUAUCCACCGUUAAAGGAAAAGUAAUCAAUUGAACUGGAGUCUUAAUAAAUGCCCUAACAUAUGUUAGGUUCCCGUA